CCACGAAUAAUAUUAAAAAACAAAAACCACAAUAAUCACAAGAAUGCAAGGUUCACACAUAGUAGAAUUCAUAAGCUAUUGACUUCAAUUUAAUAAACUAUUCACGUUUUUUUUUAUACGAAGUAUUUUAUUUAAUUUUAGAAUAAACUCGUCACAUAUAAAUACGUGCAUGCGUGACAUUAGAGGAAUACAAACAAAAGGGAGAAUCGGGAGAGAAAUCAAAGAUGAAAUAUUUCAUGGGAAAUGAUGAAUUAUUCAUAAUAUCUUACUACAAAAAAAUCAUUAAUACAAUAGUGAUUUAUAGUAUGAUUAUAGCAACAUUUAUGCAAAUACAUGGACACGCCAUAGAAUUUCCAGAAAAAGGAAAAGUGCCAGCAUUCAUAGUAUUUGGGGAUUCAAUAGUUGAUCCUGGAAAUAAUAAUUACAUAGAGACUGUUGGAAGAGCAGAUUUCCCACCUUAUGGGAGAGACUUUCCUGGAGGUGUAGCCACUGGAAGAUACAGUAAUGGCAAAAUUCCCUCUGAUUUCUUUGCUGAAGAACUUGGAAUUAAAGAGUUUGUGCCUCCAUAUUUGGAUCCAAAGCUCAAUAUCAAUGACCUCGUUACCGGUGUUAGCUUUGCAUUUGGUGCUGCUGGUUAUGAUCCCGACUCUGCAAAAUUAGCGAAUGUGAUGACAUUACAAGAUCAAUUGAAUUUGUUCAGAGGAUAUAUAAAGAAGCUCAAGGAUGCAGUAGGAGAAAACACAACAUCCACCAUCAUUUCCCAAAGUGUAUACCUAGUUUGUGCAGGAAGCAAUGACAUUACCAACACGUAUUUCUCAUUACCAUUUGCAAGACUUCAUUACAAGAAUGUCUCAGCAUAUACUGGUGUGAUGGUCAACUGGGCGUCCUCUUUUGUGCAGGAACUAUACGCUUUGGGGGCAAGAAGGAUAGGUGUGAUCAGUGCACCACCAUGCGGUUGUCUUCCAUCACAAAGAACCUUGCAUGGCGGUCUAUUUAGAUCUUGCGUAAAGGAAGAAAACGAAGCUUCGAUUCUUUUCAACAAUAAGCUCUUUAUCGAGUUAAAUUCCCUUAACCAAAAGCUUGUAGGAUCCAGAUUCGUGUACCUAGACAUCUACAACCCAUUGCUCGAUCUCAUAAACAACCCUUCUCAAUCAGGAUUCACAGUUGUAAAUAGAGGAUGUUGUGGCACCGGAAACAUAGAGGUUUCUUUUCUUUGUACAAAAUUUGAUCCUGGGACUUGCAAAAAUGCCUCAAAAUUUAUAUUCUGGGAUAGUUUUCACCCAACUGAGGCUGCUUACAAAGUCAUAGUCCAUGAGGUCGUCCAAAAAAGCAUAGACAAUUUCUUCUAGAUUUUAUUUUCAUACAUAAAAAAAAAAGUGUACUAAUUUGAUUGGAAUUACUCGUACAAAGGUGGGAAAAAAAAAAUUCUUCUAUUCAUGAUAUACGAAUUGUAUUAUUUAUUAGGAUUCAAAUAGAAAAUUCAACAAAAACUUUCUAGUGUGUUUCAUAUGGAGUAUUAUAUUUGACUUUAUUGUUUGCAACAAAA